GAUUUUCCAAUAAAAAAAUGGAAAGAACAUCAAAGAGAGGUUUUUUCUGUACAUUGGAAUUUAAUCAAAAAAGAUUCUUUUGUUAGUGGUUCUUGGGAUCAUACUAUCAGAUUGUGGCGUCCUGAAGUUCCACAAUCAUUAUCCAUAUUCUCUGAGCACACUGCAUGUGUGUAUAGUACUAUUUGGUCUCCUUAUAAUCCCGAUGUUUUUGGUUCUGCCUCUGGUGAUAAUUCUUUCAAAAUCUGGGAUGUAAAAGUUCCAAGAUCCGCUCAAACUAUACGAGCUCAUAAUAAUGAAAUUCUUUCUCUAGAUUGGAAUAAAUAUCAAGAGAAUGUUAUUGUCACUGGUUCGUCGGAUCAUACAGUAAAAGUAUGGGAUUUAAGAUUUCCUGAUCGUGAAGUAACUUGUCUACGUGGGCAUCGAUACGCUAUAAGAAGGGUGAAGUGUUCUCCACAUGAUGGCAAUAUUAUUGCUUCUGCUUCAUAUGAUAUGACAGUGAGAUUGUGGAAUACUACUUUGAUUGAUCCUUUGGUGGAAGUGUAUGAUGCACAUACUGAAUUUGUUUUAGGUGUAGAUUUUAAUUUAUAUAUUGAAGGGCAAAUAUCUACUUGUUCUUGGGAUGAGCAUAUACAUAUAUGGAAUUCUAGCUCAUUGAUGAAACGAAUCGCACCUAUGACUUAA